GGACUAUAAAUGAUAAUUUUGCAGAUCUCAGGUUCAGAGUGGAAUUCAUCGGUUUGAUCACCAGCAGGUAAGACAGACCUGGGGGGCAGAUGGAGGUGCGCCUGGCAUUGAAAGCAGUUGGUUUCUUUGGUCUGGAUGUGGUGGGAAUCACAGGUAACCUGGCAGUCCUCCUGCUUUUUUGCCAUUUAUUCUAUGCACAGGGCCACAUGCCGCACAAUGAAUUAAUCCUCAGCCAGCUGGUCUUCGCCAACCUGAUGGUGAUGCUGUGCCAGGGCAUUCCCCAGGCUCUGACUGCUGUGGGCAUCGAAGUGCUCUUUGGUGAGUACGUCUGCAGAGCAAUCAUCUUUGCCUACCGCGUUGGCCGUGGCAUGUCUAUCACCACAACCUCCCUGCUGAGCUCCUACCAGUGCGUGGUCAUUGCCCCGCCCACUUCUGGUUGGACCUGGCUGAAACGCUGGGUCCCUGGCCACCUCCCCCAUGCAAUAGUCUUCCUCUACGGCCUCAACAUGAUCCUCCACUCCACCGCCAUUCUCUUCACCCACGCUGUUCCGACCAACGGCUCAAUCCCAGAAUACACCAUUCACCUGAAGUUCUGCAUCGUGGUGUUCCCAGGCUACACAGUUUACUGGGUCUGUGGUGCCGUGAACAGCGUCCGAGACUUCGUCUUUGUCGGCCUGAUGGCGGCGGCGGCAGUGUACGUGAUGCUGGUCCUGCAUCGGCACCGUCGGCAGGUUCAGGGCCUGCAGGGGGCCGGCCAGAAGACGGAGGAGGCAUCGCGUGCCGUCCUGCUGCUCGUGAGCAUGUAUGUGGUGCUGUUCGGUUUGGACAACGUGCUGUGGGUCUACACAUUCUGUGUCUCCCGCGUGCCCCCGGCUGUCUCCGACGCACGCGUCUUCUUCGCCUCCUGCUACUCCGCCUUCAGUCCUGUGCUCAUCGUCGCCACCAACAAGAAGCUGGCCACGUACUUUCAGUGUGGCUCCAAACUCAAGGCAAGCAAAAAGCAGAUGAAUGGCUGAGGAUGUUGCAGAGUGCAGGUUUGGUUGGUAGGGAGGGGGAAUUCGUUGUCUUCUAUACUGUUGCAGUCCAUGAUAUAUCACUUUUGUGGCCCCAAAUUUAAUUUAAAAAAAAUAAA